GAAGUCUCUUGGUUUUGUUUCAUUUUUUUUUGUAUGUUAAUGUUUCUGUUAUUCAUUUUUAGUUUGAAUUUUGAAAGUUUCCUUCGGAAGGAAGUUGCAUAGUUCGGGGAAGUUUAUGUUUGUUUGUAACCGUGUCUGGUGCCUUGUAAAUGACGAUGUGGCGGUUUUACUGUCUCAGUCAGUGCAAUUGUCCUUCACGCUAACUUCAUAUGUUUUUUUUUUCUUUUUCAUUUUUGUAUUUUAUGAUUUUAACUUUUAUCCACUGUUAUUUUUACUGUAAUUAUCUUCCCUUAUAACAUUGCUACAAGUAUUGUUUUAUUUAAUUUAGUGACUAAGACGUGCUAAUUGUUUUUGUUAGUUAUUAUCUAAUGAUGAUUUUUCGAUCUUUGUUUGGGGAAUUCGAGGUUAUCUUUUGUUAUUUUACUCAAUGUUUUUUCAUAUAUAGUAGGCUCUUGGUGUUGGUGAUAUCAAAGACCCAGAGGAUUGCUGAAAUGAUGAACAAUCAACCAUCGCAGUGGUGGUGGCUUGAGAACCACAGCAACACUAGACGAUCCCCUUGGCUUCAAUCCACUCUCACUGAGCUAAAUGAGAAGACCAAGGCAAUGUUAAAGCUAAUUGAAGAAGAUGCAGAUUCCUUUGCCCAACGUGCAGAGAUGUAUUACAAGAAGAGACCACAGCUUGUGAGCAUGGUUGAAGAUUUCUAUAGGACACAUCGUUCAUUAGCCGAGCGGUAUGAUCAAGUCACCGGAAUUCGCCAGCAGAAGACAGGAGGAGGGGGAUCACCUUUUUCUCCACUCAAGCAUCAUCAAUCAGAGAAGUUGAUGAGUUAUGCAGAUGACAGUUAUGAUAGCUAUUCUGAGAGUUUUGAUGUAGAGGAGUCUGUGGAAUCUGAAGUUGAUGAUCCUGAGCAAGAAGAGGAAGAGGUUACCAAAUUUGAUAACUGUACAGAAGAGGAGGAAGUUCAGUUUGUAGUUGCUAAUGAUGAAGGGAUGAGGCAGAGGAAAGAAAUUGAGAGACUUGGUGAAGAGAACAAGGAUCACAAAGAUCAAAUUAAGGAGAAAUGUAACAUUCAUGAAGUUGUUAUGGUGUUGAGGGAAGAAAUAGAAGGACUCAGAAAAGAGACUAGAGUGCAGAAAGAUGAACUCAGCCAGAAAAGCAUCAUUUGCAGUGAAGUAAUGAUGUUGAGGGAAGAAAAAGAACGACUCAGAGAAGAGAAUAGAGAGCAGAAGGAUGAACUCAACCAGAAAGAUAUCAUUUGUGGUGAAGUAAUGAUGUUGUGGGAAGAAAUUGAAGUACUUAGAGAAGAGAAUAGAGUGAAGAAUGAUGAACUCAACCAGAAAGGUACCGUUUGUGGUGAAAUAAUGAUGUUGAGGGAAGAAAUUGAAGGACUCAGAAAAGAGAAUAGCGUGCAGAAUGAUGAACUCAACCAGAAAGGUACCAUUUGUGGUGAAGUAAUGAUGUUGAAGGAAGAAAUAGAACGUCUCAGAAAAGAGAAUAAAGUGCAGAAGGAUGAACUCAACCAGAUUUGCGGUGAAGUAAUGAUAUUGAGGGAAGAAAUAGAAAGACUCAGAAAAGAUGAAAGAGUGCAGAAUGAUGAACUCAAGAAAAAAGGUACCAUUUGUGGUCAAGUAUUGAUGUUAAGGGAAGAGAUAGAAAGAGUCAGCGAAGAGAAUAUGGUACAGAAGGACCAUCUCAAGCAAAAAGACCAAGAGAAAAUAGAGGUGAUUAGACACCUGAGUUUAGCUAUAGAUGUGCUGAAGCAGGAGAAUGUAAAGAUGAGAAGCUUCAUUGCUAAAGAAUUCACCAACAAAUGGAAGAAUCCAUUUGAGUUUAAAAAACUCAUGGGAUCUUUAUCGGUGAAGUUGUUUAAUGGAAGGAAUCAACCUAGUAUUGUAGCUCUCUAGAUAUGGUUCAGACAUCUUUAUAAGAUGUCUUUGUACAUAUUUUGGGGACUUGCUCAAGUAACCAACAAAUCUUGUAUACAGUAUAUAUUCCUAAUCAGAGAAUCCUAGUGGAGUUUCCUAUACAACUAGUUAAUAUUUUUAUACAUCCUUCGUUAGCGAGAUAUGCAUAUUCCUGUUGUCAAAACUUUUUAUUUGUUAUAUCUAUAUUGUAGCCACC